AUGGCACCACCUGCUGGAGCAUCAACUUCCAAGGCGCCAUCGAUGAGGGCAUUGACUGCGAGGCUGAAGGCAGCUCAACUGUCCUUUAACGACAUUCAGCGGUUCACCGAGGCAUUUUCUGAUGCCAAUACUGCUACCGAUGUGGAAGUAUGUAUUGCAAAACUGGACGAGUUGUGGGAGAGCUACAGUGCUACCAUGGUAGAUAUCUUCGCUCAUGAAGAAUACAACGAGGAAAAGACGUCGCUCGAGAAGGAACGUGCGGAAUUCAGCGAUCGAUAUUAUGAGAUCAAGUCCUUCCUAAUGGACAAGAUCAAAUCGUUCCAGAAACCCCAGGUUCUGGAACAGCCCAAUCGAGGUGGAGAUGGGGCUUCAACAAUUGUCGAUCACGUACGUUUGCCGCAGAUCCAGUUGCAGACGUUCAACGGGGACAUCGAUGAGUGGCUGAGUUUCCGCGACCUAUUCACGUCGCUCAUCCACUGGAAGGUGGAUCUACCGGAAGUGGAAAAACUUCAUUAUUUGAAGGGCUGUCUUCAAGUAGAACCCAAGGCUCUUAUAGAUCCACUUCCCAUCACAAAAGCCAAUUAUCAAGUGGCGUGGGAUUUGCUGUUAAAGCGCUAUAAUAACAGCAAGCAGCUAAGGAAGCGGCAGAUACAAGCUCUCUUCAAGCUGCCCACACUCGAAGGAAUCAGGUUAACGCGAAGGGGGUGGGAAGAGGUCUCAUCGGCGAAGCCGCAGGACACCUUGGAGGAUUUAUUCGAGUUUCUGCGGCGUCGAAUCCAGGUUUUGGACAGCCUUCCGGCAAAAUCUACCGACACUAGGGGUGCCGGUCAAAUACAGCAGUACUCGAAGGUGAAGCAAUUAACGGUGAAGGCCAGCUAUAGCUCUACCCAAGCGUCAAGGGGACGCUGCGUUGUCUGUUCAUCAGAUCACUUUCUUUACCAGUGCAACGAGUUUCAUCGAAUGACGGUAUCGGACAGGGAUAGUCUACUGAAAACUCAUGGACUUUGUCGGAACUGCUUUAGGACGGGGCACCAUGCCAAGGAAUGCCAAUCAAAAUACUCCUGUAAGAACUGCAAGGGUCGGCACCAUACCCUAGUAUGUUUUAAGCAGGGAAAGGAGAAAGAACCCAAGGUGGCGGCAGUUGCUGGGGGCAACCAACCAUUGGUACCCAAGAAUCAAAGGGAUUUAUCCAACACCCAAGUGGCUAACGUGGCAGCCACGGAAGCUGUAGUGUCCGCUACAGCUCACCAACAUCCAACACGGGUUCUUUUGGCAACAGCAGUUGUGAUGAUUGAGGAUGACAUCGUCAGGCGGCGACCAAGGUUCGGCAAAGGAUUCAAGCGGUACUUCAUUCGCGAGUUUCUGACUAUUCCCGUGAGCUAG